GGAGAGGUCACCACUAUAUAAGAGAUAGUUCCAUCUCCUCAGUAUCAGUUCCUCACUACAACAACCACCAUGAAGUGUGUGAUUCUUGUUACUCUGGCUGUCAUGGCCACCGCUGCCCCCCAGUACAACUACCAGCCCUCCCAAAACUACGGGGCCCCCGAUGCUUCCUUUAGGGCGGCUUCCCUCGACACCAUUGAGGUGAUUCCUAUUCUCAGAGACGACCGUGUCCAUGAGGACGACGGCACGUACAGUUUCGAUGUUGAGACUGGCGAUGGCAUCAUUCUUUCUCAGUCUGGCUCUCCCAGAGGACCUGGAGGAGCUGUAAUCACCUCUGGAGAAUAUUCCUACACUGCUCCUGACGGCACUCCCGUCGUUGUGAAGUUCGUCGCCGACGAGAACGGCUUCCAGCCCCAGUCUGACCUGCUGCCAGUGGCUCCCGCCUUCCCCCACCCAAUCCCUCAGUUCGUGCUGGAUCAGAUCGCCUUUGCUGCUGAGGAGGACGCUGCCCUCGCCCGCGCUGAGGCUGCUAGUGUUAGGUCGGCAGGCUCUAACGGAGCGCCUUCAAUCACAUACAGGCAGCCUUUGUAGAUGCUAUUCAGUACACAGUCUGAACUCUAGAUGACUAUCAAACUUUAUGUAUUUAUUACUUAUGUUCUGUGGAUGUAUUUUUCCCUCGAAAAUUAAAAUUGAGCAAGAGUAA